AUGACCGAAGCCUGGCAUAAUCGAGGAAACGACAAAAAAGUUAUGCUGGAAUUCUGCCGUGACACUAUACAAUUUGCAGACGUUCUUUUUGCCCAAUACGCCGUGUUUGCGAGUGCCAUGAGUGGAGGUGAUGUAUCGCGGGAAGACUCUGUGAGGGAGGCUUUACUGCAGUAUCCGACCGGGACAAUGAAAGGCAUGGUCAAAUGGCUGCGACUCAAGGACGAGUAUCUUGCCACGACUUUAGUCGGCCUCGUUUCCAAGAUUCUUCGACGACUAGGCGAACUUAAUAUCACGACCGUCGAUCGUAGUGCUCUGCAGAUCAUUGAGAAUGUAGCUGUGACCGGGUUAAUAAAGACUAUGUUGACAGCACGGGAGAAAGCAGAGCUAGUGCGUGCUCUUGAAGCUUAUUACAAGAAGCCGGUUGUCACUGCAUCGACUGCAGCACUGAAGAAACAAAGCUCAAUUACGGCAUUUGCGAAACAGGCUGACUCGUCUGGUCGAUCAACUCCUAAUCGGUCAACAAGCGAGGAUGAUUACGGGGAGUCCUCGGUGCUUGAUGAGACGCUAUUGCAGUUGUCCAGGUCUGUUGAAUCGAACAAAGCGCGUAUCGCUAGCCAGCCACAGAAGAAGAUCUCCACCACUACUAAGUCUCCCCUUGUGCUUCCAAAGCCUCCUUCUCGCCCUGCGGCAGUAUCGGUUGAAUCGUUCCGCGAGAAACGGGAGAAGGAGAGGGAGGCUAAAAGGAAGCGUGAUCUUGCAGAGUUGCAGCGGCUCAAGAAGAAUAUCGCAGGCGUUGGUGUGGCAGAACAGACUGCAGGCCAGGGCUCGGGAGUGCAAGGAGGCAUCAAGGGCAAAGAUCAUACUCCUGUCGACGGUAUGAUGGUGGGUUCUGAUUCUGAAUCGGACGAAGGAAGUGAUGAUGAUGAUGAGGUCGAUGCAGAGCUGUUUGGAAAGAAAUCUGCAUCGACUCCUGCUGCUGUCAGGGAGUAUCAGGAGAGCAAACGACGGGCUCUCAAGCAACAAGGUCCUGUGAAGAAGGUGAGACAGUGGCGAUCAGCCAAGGACAUGCGAGCUCGUUUAGUCCCAGAUCUUACAUCGCUCCACCGCACCUUACUGGAGUGGGAUUUCUUUGCAAACGGUGACUUACCUCCUAACUCGGGCCGUACGGAUUACUCUCUCAUCACGUCUACUUUCAGAGACCCAGUAGAAUACCAACGCACUUUUGAGCCUCUGUUGGUCUUAGAAGCAUGGCAGGGCUUUCAAUCUGCUAAGGAGGAAGCCAACUUCAAACCAUUUGAGAUUACAGUGGCUACCCGUCUAUCUGUUGACUCCUUUAUGGAAGUUAGCACGAGUUUAAAGAGCGCGGCAGACUUGAAAGACUUUGGUCUCGGUGAAGCAGAUAUCGUCUUGCUAUCCAAGUCCAGAGAUCCUGCGAAUGACAAGUCGGCCCCUCAUUGCUUGGGCAGAAUUUCUGGCAUUAAUAGGAAAAAAGGAAACGUCGAGGUCUCGUAUCGCGUUAAUCCUGGCAGUGCAAUGGUGUCUUCUCUGGCACCAGGAGUCACUCUGUGGGCAGUACGCAUAACCUCAUUGACACCGUUGGAGCGCGAGUACGGCGCACUCAUGGCGUUGCAGUACUACGAUCUCUGCGAGGAGAUUAUCAAAGCGAAACCGUCGCCGAUCCUGAAGUAUAACGAGUCCAGUCUGAAACCACUGGUGGACAACUAUAACGUCAAUCAAGCGCAAGCCAAAGCCAUCAAAUCUGCAUUGGACAAUGACGCAUUCACGUUGAUUCAGGGUCCUCCAGGUUCUGGCAAAACCAAGACAAUUGUUGCGCUUGUUGGUGCCUUACUGAGUGGUACGCUAGGCAAUCAACAUAGCGUGGCUAUCUCUCGCCCUAGCGCUCCUCAGACAAAAGCACAUUCGGCAAAUGCGACAGCUACCAAGAAGCUCCUUGUCUGCGCACCUAGUAAUGCGGCCGUUGAUGAACUUGUGAUGCGUUUCAAGGCUGGUAUCAAAACACUCAAUGGUCAAUCGGAGAAACUUUCUGUCAUUCGACUCGGUCGUAGUGAUGCUAUCAACACGAACGUACUGGACGUUACCCUGGACGAGCUUGUGAACGCUCGCCUGAAUCAAUCUGUUCCAAAGCCUUCGGAGGAUAACAAUCCUCAGAAGAUCUUUGAGGAUCACAAGUCGACAGAUACUGCGUUUAAGGAAGCUCGUUCUAAACUUGACCAAUUCAGGGCAAAGGGGCAGACGCCUCCAGAUGACCUCCUACGCGAAUUUGAGUUAUUGAAGAAGAAACGUACACAACUCAGUCAAGAGAUUGAUAACGCUCGAGAUCGUAAUAAUGCUAUUGCUCGCAAUAACGACCUUACUCGCCGUCGCAUCCAGCAAGAAAUAGUUGACGGUGCCCAUGUCAUCUGCGCAACUUUAAGUGGUAGUGGACACGAGAUGUUCCAGAAUUUGAGCAUCGACUUUGAAACUGUUAUCAUCGACGAAGCAGCUCAGUCUAUCGAAUUGAGUGCUCUCAUCCCACUGAAGUAUGGUUGUGCCAAGUGCAUUCUUGUCGGAGAUCCCAAACAGCUUCCACCAACUGUGCUGUCUAAAGAGGCUUCUCGCUUCCAGUAUGAACAGAGCUUGUUUGUCCGAAUGCAGUCCAACCACCCUAACGACGUGCAUCUUUUGGAUAUCCAAUACCGUAUGCACCCAGCAAUCAGUCGCUUCCCCAGUGUUACGUUCUACGAUGGCCUGUUGCAAGAUGGACCUGACAUGGCCAAACUUCGCGCUCGACCGUGGCAUAACAGUCAAUUGCUCAGUCCUUAUCGCUUUUUUGAUGUCCAGGGACUUCACCAGAGUGCAUCCAAGGGCCACUCCCUCAUCAACGUUGCUGAAUUGAAUGUAGCAAUGCAGCUCUACGAGCGGUUACUUACGGACUUCAAGUCAAUCGAUUUCUCUGGCAAGAUCGGGAUCAUUACGCCCUACAAAGGUCAGUUGAGGGAAAUGAAGAUACGAUUUGCUGCUAAAUACGGUAAUUCGAUUUUUUCCAAGGUUGAGUUCAACACCACCGACGCUUUUCAAGGUAGAGAAAGUGAAGUUAUCAUUUUCUCUUGUGUCCGUGCUUCCAACAAGGGUAUCGGCUUCUUGUCAGAUAUUCGUCGUAUGAACGUUGGGUUGACUCGUGCCAAGUCGUCACUUUGGGUUCUUGGAAAUUCCCAGUCACUCAUUCAAGGCGAAUUCUGGGGGAAGCUCAUCACUGAUGCCAGACAACGUAAUCUCUACACGGACGGGGAUGUUCUCAGGAUGUUGCAACGCCCACAGUUUACUGGAUAUCAAAACGUGGAUAUGGUUGACGCAGAUGCCAAUGAUUCAUCUACGUCUACGGUGCAAACACCUACUGAAACUCGGUCACUCAACGAAAUGGAAUCAGUGUCCGCUCGCAAUACUCCCACUCCUGUCCUUAGCGGUCCGUCUGGAGGCUUUAAUGGACUCGACGACACGAAGACUUGUGCAUAUUGCGGCAGCUUUGAUCAUUUUACGAGAAAUUGCGAUAACGCAGAAGCUCUGGAACUCGCCAAGGGAAUGUGUUUCCGCUGCAAACAGCCAGGUCAUACAAAGAUCAGAUGCACAGCACCACGUUGCUUGAUGUGUGGCGAAGUCGGUCAUGUAUCUGAAGGGUGUCAGUCUAAAGAACUUCUACCUCAGAGAGAGAUGAACAGGAUUGCCCAUGAAGAGACUCGACUGAAGAGAGCGCAACAGGCUAAACGCGAGGAGAUCAAGCAGAAACAUAUUCAAGCUCACGAUCCUGGCAUCCCUAUUAUCAAAUCGACUAAAUCUCCAUCGCCGCCUCCACAACGCCAGCAACAAACGGGAAAAAGGAAGCUCCCGCCUAGUGGGCCAUUUGCAAAGAACAGCAAGCGUAAAGUUGAUGCAGAAAUCCCACAGGAAGUCCCGAAAAAUUUGGUGAAACCUUCUCGAGAUGGACCCGGAUAUCAACGUAUUGCUCAAGAUCGUAACCCUAUGAAUCCGAACGGUAGCAAAGCCAUGGUAGAUAAUAAUAUGAUACAAGCGCCUCGCGGGCCGAAGGGGGCCAGACCUGACAAUCUUCCACCACGCCCUCCGAUGCCGAUGCGAAAGAAGAAGGAGGCUGAUCCGUUUAUUCGGCCAAAAAGACGAUAGCUUACGUCUUAUAAAUGAGCUAGUUUGAUAUAUCGAGUAGCUGGCACGCCCAUGUCACUCGCAUAUGUAUGGGUCUUCGACGUCAUGUUACUGUUUGCAUAUACUCCAUGGGACUGGGGGAUUUCUUCUUUGGUUUUGAUCAAGUUUUCAUUACGAUCAAAAUUCUUUGUGUUCUCAUAUCUUGUUUUGCAUUUUCAAGGGCGUCUUCGAGCAUUUCUUCUACAUCUAGGAUUAGCAUUAUUUCAGGGUAUUACUCCUUAAAUGCGGUCCAACCAGGGCCAUAGACGCAAUACAUUGACAAUUUCAUGUCG